AUGAUAUGCCUACUACAUUUCCGUUCAAAUGUUACCGUUAAAUUACCUACAUUGUAUUAUGCGCUGAGUUGCCAAGUAUAUCUUGUACUUUCAGAAAAUUUUAUAAUCGAGCUACUGGAAGCGAAUAUCAUCCAAAAUUACAAAGCUAAAACGGAACAAGUUAGCAAUUUCUACCAAAAUAAUUACUACAAGGUGAAAAAAUUGCCUUUUCGCAAUUUCAAAUUGGAAUUAUGGGUCAACUGGUACGUAAGAAAAUACACGAAAACGAAUAUAAUUUUCGAUACCAAAUGGAUCGACUAUCUAAAAAAAUGUUCGCAAGACAAAUUAACUGGAAAAAAAUUCAUCACCGAAAAUAAAUGUUUACUGUGCGAUUUCGAGUACAAAGAUCAAGAAGCUCUAAACAACCACGUUGAAACAGAAAGCCAUAAAAUUCGUGUUCAAUACGUCGUCGAUAAGAGCAAACUUGAAUUAUCAGAGGAUGUCGCUAUGCAAAUAAUACAACCACAGGGCAAACAUUUGAUCGUAAAUUACCCAAUCCAGGUGCACAUCAACCUGGUACUUAGACUAACCAAUAAAUCGAACAACCCGCUGAAUUUUACGGACGUUAUCGUCGUCAAUUCCCUAAUCAAAGAAGUUUGCUUGCAAGAGGAAUUCGAGAAAGGCGUUUUAAUCGAACCGGACAGAUCCGUCGACAUCAAAGCGUACGCGUAUUUCGAGAACAGCAGGACUUUCAACUAUCCCGUUAUCAUCGUAACCGAAGAUCGAGAGAGCGGCAAGAAAACUUACCAUCUAAAAGAAAUUGCUUUCGAAAUCACAUCGGAGUUGUCCUCUUUGAAACCGGAAUCGGAAUACGUAAACAACAAACCGAACGUCGAUUACAUAUUCGCCGAAGAUGCGAUAAUUCCCGGCGAAAAGCCCUUCGUUCAAUCCUCGUACACGGAAGCCUUCCCGUUGCAACAAUACAAGAUUCCCAAAGACAUGAAAAAAAUAUUCGAAGACAUAAUCAGAAGGUGUCCGCAAUUCAUCGAAGAAGGCGCCGCCGCGAGACCAUUUUUCUCGCACUUUUCGAUGCUCCUCAACGUUUGCCCGCCCGUCACCAAAGAAAAUUACCACGACAACAUGGCGAAACUGCUUCACAUCGAAGAAAACCAAAUGUGCAUCAACAUGAAGAAUUACGACCUCUUGACGCCAUUGCACGCUAUCAGAGGCUCGCGAUUGUACAGCUUGAAUGUACCAGGUUUGGCUGAAGACAGGCCUUCCAUUUUGGUAUUCGAUAGAAUUUACGUGAAAGAAAACAAACACGCCAAAAUCAAAUACGAAGGGUACGUUCACCACGUCAUGGAGGAAGUGAUUCACGUAGGCUUACAUCGAAAAUUCGAUGAUAUAUAUUUAAAGAACAAACAUUACUUCAUCGAGUUCGCGUUCAACCGGCGAUCGAUCAGAGCGGAGAAACAAGCUCUUCUGCUGGCGGAAGCUCACCAGAUCGUCCCCAGCCUGUUUCCCAGUAGAGGCGAAACUAUAUUACUCAACUCCGAUGUAGAUAUUAGUUUCGCUAACACAGUGUUGAACGAAGAACAGCGAACGGCGGUGAAGAGCAUCCUGCCUCAUAAAAAUUUCCCUUUCGUGAUAUUCGGCCCGCCCGGCACGGGAAAAACCGUCGUAGUCGUGGAAGCCGCCUAUCAGAUAUGGAGGAAUUACCCGAACAGCAAGAUACUAUUAUGCGCUCCGUCCAAUUCGGCCGCUAAUGAAAUAGCAGUUCGAUUAAUGGACAUCAUCCCCAAGAGCAACUUGUUCAGGUUGCUGGGAAGAUUCUACGCAUCGGCGCUGGAAAGAAGAUACAAACGUUUGGACGAAAUUAUCAACGUCUCGAAAGACGGCACGUUUUACAUACCCGCGAUGGAGGAAUUGCUGAACUAUAGAAUACUAAUUACAACCAUCGUCACGGCUGCGAGGUUGGUAAAUGGCGGAACUCCCAUGGGCCACUUUACUCACGUCUUUAUCGACGAGAGCGGAUACUCGACGGAGACCCAAACUCUAAUACCUAUAGCCGGGAUCUUAUCUAACGCACAAUCGCCCGGUAAAUUAACUGGCCAGAUCGUAUUGGCCGGCGAUCCGAAGCAAUUGGGACCUGUUGUGCAAUCGGGUUUCGCAAGACAUUGCGGAUACGGGGUAUCUUUGCUGGAGAGAUUGAUAAACACCUGCGACGUAUACGCGAGGAAUAAAUCGGAUGAAUCCUACGACAAUCGAUUCGUCACACAACUGGUCAGGAAUUACAGAUCGCACAGGACCAUAUUGACGGUGCCCAACGAGUUGUUCUAUUGCGGUCAAUUAAUCGCCGCUGGAAAUGAUUUUGCCGAUCUGUUCGUCGGAUGGCAGCAUCUCAAAAACGAGCAAUUUCCGAUUGUAUUCCAUCACGUCGAAGGCGAAGAUGUUAGAGAAAAAACCUCGCCUAGCUUCUUUAACGUACAAGAAAUCGAAGUAGUCGUGAGUUAUUUGGAAAAAAUAUUCGCCGACAAAGUGAAGGGCUAUCCGAUAAAGGAGGAACACGUGGGCAUCAUUACACCUUACAGAAAACAGGCAGAAAAAUUGAGGAAGGCUGUAAAGAAGAAAUGGAGCUAUUUGUCAGUCGGAUCUGUCGAAGAAUUCCAAGGAAAAGAAAAACUAAUCGUGAUAAUAUCGACGGUGCGCUCUAAAAAUAACCACAAAUUCGAAGAAAUCGACAAAAAGUGCCAGUUGGGUUUCCUGAAAAAUCCCAAGCGAUUCAACGUCGCCUUGACAAGAGCUAAAGCCCUUUUAAUCGUAAUUGGCAACGGAAACGUUUUGAAAACCGACAGUAACUGGUCGAGUUUUAUCCGGUAUUGCUCCCAAAACAACUCCAUCGCAGGAAAGGGGUUUCAAAAUGAUGCUGCAUCGGCUUAACUAGCAUUAAUUUUACUCAUUAUUGCUGUAUAUUGUACUACCUAUUUGAUGUAUUUUAAAUAUUUUUAAUAAUUUUUUUUACCAUUUAC